CUUCCGCCGUUCAAACAUCGAGAUCAGUAUUUUUGAGACAAGUUGAGCAAGUGUGGUGAACACAGCAAAACAGAGCAGGAAAAGGACUUUGUGGUGAAUAGUUUUGCGUUCGUUUGAUCAGUUUGAAGCGAGAAGUGCGCAGAGAAGGUGCGUUUAAAAGUACAGAGAAGUGCAAUCAGGAACUUUAAUCGUGAUAACAGUGGUCUUUAGUGGUCGAUGGCAACAGCAGUGAGAAGCAUGGCGCUUGGACAAAAUAUUCACAACAUUUUACCGAACAAUUGUAUUCUGGUGCAGCAGAAGCAGAUUAAUCAUCACGGAAAGCGACCGAUCGCGCCGGCUCCGAUGAUGGUGACCAACUUGGCGCAGGGUGUCGGUCUUAAGAACAAGAUCAGUGCUUCGAAAAAGUUCGCUUACUGUGGACUUCCGUACGCACCGACACCCCAACAAACGGCGUCCGUCCAACGGCGGAACGCUAGGGAGCGUAAUCGAGUCAAGCAGGUCAAUAACGGCUUCGCCAACCUUCGGCAGCACAUUCCGAGCACGGUGGUGACCGCUUUGACCAACGGUGGACGAGGUGCCAGCAAGAAGUUGAGCAAAGUAGACACCCUUCGCAUCGCAGUGGAAUACAUUCGUAACCUCCAGCGGAUGCUGGAGGAGAAUAGUGAAAAUACUAGCCAGAAGAGUUUAUGCCAAGUUUCUUCAUCGAGUUCUUUCUACGGUACAAUGUCCGAGCCGUCGACAGCCUCCUCGCCAGCACCGUCUCAUCUUUCGGAAACUUCCUCCACAACCGGAACCAUUGUCUACAGCCAGAUGGGAGGAACCACCUUCAAGCAUGAACCCUACGAUAUUUACGUUGAUCCUUCGACUUCACCGACUCCUUCGUACACAUCGGAGACUCCAAUUCAGCACCAGCAGCUUCAGCAACCCUUCCAUGGGCAGCACACUCAAAUCGUUAUCCCGGGCAUGACCAGUUUAAGUCCCAGUGGCAACAACAAUUACCUGCACGCUGCCACCGGUCAACCGAUCUACAAGACCGAACUGUACGUGAAUGCGUACGACGAGCAGAUGAGCCCCCAAAAUCCGGACGACGAGGAACUGCUCGACGCAAUCUCCUGGUGGCAGCAGCAGUAAUCACUCAUGAUUGCUAUGCGACGAUCGCACUGAGAAAUGCCAAAAAACCUGAAAAAAUCGGAGGCCCCUAUUUCGAUUGAAAGCUCGGAUUGAGCGAUGGCCAGGGUUUCAAGCGUGAAAAGCUGAUCAUUCUUGCGCUUACGGAGGACAUCGCUUCCAGCUUCAGGGCAGUGGAACCUGCCCCGACUGUACUACUUCCUGCUUACUAACCUAUUACUAACCACGUAAUUCGUAGGAGAAACAAACUGCCAGUUUUGUUCUAGCUCAUAGCCACUAACAACACAACGUGAAAUCUAGUCAAAAUCCCAGCGGUAUUAGGAUAGCGAUAGUUUGUAAGCCUGUCAGAGCAAAGAUGUGCCUUAGAAAUGGUUUCGUUUCCGAAGCUACGAGUAUAGAGUAAGAGUAUUUUCGUUAGGCGACAACGCAGACCAGUGACUUUAUUAUGUACGUUAAGUUUUCCCACUAGUUUAGGACAAGUUCUGUUUGGUAAGAGAAACUAUUCAAGCUGUACAAAGAAUGUAAACGAAAAAGACUUAGCCGGGGCACCGCCGCCGGCCAUGGUACUAUCAAUAA